UUUUGCUCUUGAUUUUCAUGCAGAUUACUAGUAAUACAAUUGCAUUAUUCACACUUAGAGUACCAUCCCAUCACCUGGCAGCAAAUAUAACAAUAUGGCGUCGAACGCUAGUGUUUAGUUUUACAAUAGUAUUGCGUGCUGCAUGAUAUGAAGAGUAGAAUCCAGACAUAAUCAGUGUACAUAUCAGCCAUGGAUGACCGUUUGAAGUGGCUGGAGACGAGGAUUAGCUCCUCUCUCAGACCACGAAAUGAGGAGCUCAAAAACAUGUUCCUCAACGAUGAAAACAGGCUGGCAUUUUAUGAGUUCAUCAACAAUGAGGAUGUACGAAGAAUGUUUGUCUACAUAAGACCUCCCAAACAGUUAAUAGCAUCCCUUCAGCCGCCACAUGAUUUAAAAUACAAGUCUAUAUUCUUCCUAAAGUCAAACACUGGAACAAAGAUUACAAAGGACAACAUAAUGGAUGAGGUGUUCUACAUUGACUGCACUAAUGUGCCCCUAGAGCACCUGGAGCUGGUGGUACGGGAGGUGUACCUGCCCCUGAUGUGCACCAACCAGUCAGUGAUGAGCAGCACGGGGGGUGACAAGGUGUUGGACGUGCUGCACCGCCUCAUGUCCUCUGUGGAGAUCACACAGGGUCAUGUAGAGGGAAGGAUCAUUCUUAGUUUGCCGUCCAUUGAGGUGUUGGCGGAGGCAGCUGCUGCCCCAAACAGGCGGGGAGCUGUGCUUCAUGUGCUUGAAACAACUGUGCUUGGAUGGAUCAAGCAGAUUAAGGGUGUGUUGCGUCACGACCCGAUCCAGGACCUGUUCCAACACUUCGGCCCGGAGCCAGGACCGCUGGACGAGAUUCGUAUGUGGGAGCGUCAGCUGGGCAGGCUACACUCCAUCCUGCGCCAGUUGGAGUCUGCAGUGGCUAAGGACAUCUUGAACAACCUGGAGCAGGCGCAGAGCCAGUAUGCGCACUCCUUCAGUCAUGUGAGGAAGGACGUGAAUAAGGCUGUGCGUGAGACCAACAGAAUUCUCAGUUUCUUGAGCACAAUGCGCUGGCUGCUCAAUGAACUGCACUCUGCAGUAGAGCCCCUUGAGAUGCUGCGACUGUUCAAACCACUCAUGCAGGUGCUCUUCCUCGUCUGGUCCAACUCAACGUACUACCACCAGAUGGACAAGUUCCAGAAUAUUCUACGCCUCCUCUCUAAUGAGGUGGUCCACAGAGCCAUUGCCCUGGUCGGAGAGGACAUUCUCAGGGAACCUUUGGAGUCCUAUUCCAAGCUGAAGGAGGCACUGCGUGUGUGUGCUGGUUUCCGUGGCACCUACCUGGACUUCAAGGACAAGGCUGAUGACCAAAACGCCAGAAAUAUUGCAGAGAAUGCAGAGAGACUGGCAUCGCGACCUCAAGCUGGCACCAUAUUUUUAACAAAGAUGUACGGCCCCCAUUCAUUCACUCCGCGUUACGGACUGAGACACAGUGACAAGGACUCCAGCAAUGGCUCCUUAAAUGAAGAUGAGUUGUGGACUGACAGUCCAUGGCCACCUAGGAACGCACCAUGUUUUGAUUUGCUCAAUGCAUUCAUGGAGAGGUGCAAUGACGUCCUGGAGCUGGUUGAGACCACACGCCACUUCCGCCUUCUGGCAGGCGCCGCAGAGAUAGGGGGCGCUGGCAACAUGAGUCUUGACGCACUGGUCAAGGAGAUACAUGAGAAGUACACACAGUCCAUGGCAGACUUCUUUGCUGUUGUCAACAACGUGCUCAGCAUUGAUGGCUCACAGAACUUUGAGAGGGCAUUCUUCCAGUUUAGGACAAUUGUCAAGUCCCUAGAGAAGCGUCUUGCUGAGAUACUGCGCCUUGCCUACAACCAGUGCCCUACAGUAGAGGCACAGUUGAGGCUGCUAGAGGUGUUUGAAGGGGUCAGUGGCAGAGAACUUGUGCAGACUCACCUAGAGGACAAGGACCGUGCUCUCGUGCUGGCGUUCAAUGGGGAGCUGAAUGACGUCCGUCAGAUGUACGCCACAGGUCAUCUGGACCCUCCCCCUCAUGCCAACAUGCCCCCCAUAGUCUCCAAACUCAUGUGGAUACAUGCUCUCAAAGAGAGGAUCUCACGUCCCAUGGAGAAGAUGAAGCGUGUGAGCCCGCACUCCUUGGACGGGGACGCAGGCUGGCAGAUGAAGACCAACUACCAGGAGGUGUACAAGGAGCUGGAGGAGUAUGAGGGCAUAGUCACCCAGGAGUGGCAGAGGAACAUCACAGAGGAGCUCACCCUCAGGCUCAAACAGCCAUUAUUGAUAGCUGAGGAGUAUGAUGAGGAUAUUGAGGUGCGACCUCAGGUGGUGCACGUGAACCUUGACCCACAGCUACUGCUGCUGCUCAAGGAGACUCACUAUCUGAGACAGGAGCCUUUCAGCAUCAAACUGCCGGAGUCAGCAAAAGAGCUGCUGAGGAACAGUAACCCGUUUGAGUUGCGUGUAACCGCCACUCGCCUGGAGACCAUCGUCUCCAAGUACAACACAAUCAUGAGGACUAUGACACAGUUUGAAAAACCACUGUUUGAGAGGAAGCUCUCCAAAAUUGACAUUUUGUUUGAGCAAGGCCUCCAGGAGUUCACAUGGAAGAUGAAGGAGUCAGCAGACUUCAUUGAGCAGGCGAUGGCCCUCGUCUGUGUGGAUGUACACCAGAACCUGGACAUUGUGCAGACCAACUCUCACGAGAUUGCUGAGAUCACUAUCUCCUGGUCCAAGGGCACCCUGGAUGUGUUCUCAGGGAGAGACGCGGGCAUGUCCUACUCCAUGGAGGAACUGCUUGGCAUGCAGGCGCGGCUGACAGAUGAGCAUGAGAGCCAUGUGGUGCCGUCAGGUAACAAGAUCCAUGCGCUGGUGCUGAACUCGUUUGAGGCGGUGCAGAUCUCCCAGGCCUCGCCUGCCUGGCAGGACUUCAUUGAUUACAUUGAUGCCAUCGUCCUUGAUGGACUCAAGCAGGCUACCCUGACCAGCCUCAAGACCAUGCUCAAUAACCUCGUACAGGCCAACAUGGCGGAGGAUGACGACUCCCUAAUUCCGAUAUUGACAAUUCGACUGGAGCUGAUUGACCACCGUGUAGCAUUCCGACCCCCGCUUGACCAGACAACGUCCGUGAUCAGUGUACAGGAGCUAGUGUUGCAGUGGCUGGAUGGAUUCCUGGCAAGGGGAAGACUUGUCAAAAUGCUGGGACCAAAGGGUACCUACCAGGACUACAUCUCUGCAGAUGAGGAGGUGAAACAGCUACUUAUAGACAUCAACAAACUGGUGGAGGAAAACAGUGAGGAAUGCAAGAAGCUGCUAGAGAUCUUCAGUGACUAUGCAUUCCUGUGGCUACAAGACGUGAACAUCACAUUUGAGGAGUUCCUGCGGGGCAACCUGACCCCUAACCCCCUGCGCAGUCCCAACAGGGCACUGGCUGGUAGCAUACGCCAGCAGAUGGCUGAGAGGUCUCGCUCAGCAUCAAGAGCCUCCACUGCCAGCAGUGUGAGGUCGGCAGCAGCCAUGGGUACCGCUGAGCGGACGUUCCUCACCCCUAAACAUGCGCAGGCUAACAUGCCCUCCAAUGUACCAUCCCUGGAUGAGUUUGAUGCUGAGAUUGAGAUAUAUAGGACUGCGCGAGAUGAGAUUCAGAGCCUGGAGGACUUCCACAACGUGGGCUGGCUGCGUGUCGACCUGCAGCCCAUCAAGCAGGUCCUCACAACGUAUGCCGCCAAGUGGAUGUGGACAUUCACCAAGUACCUCUCCGACCAGGUGACCCACAUGUUGGAGAGACUGGAUGACUUCUUGAAGCGUAUUGAGCCGGAGAUAGAGAGCAUCACGGGAGAGGAGAGGGACACUGCCUCCUUCAUGAAGAUGAUGAGGCUCUUCAAUGAGGUCUCAGCCCAGCAGUCCGAGAUGGAUGGGAAGUUUGCAGCAAUGCACCGCACGGUGCUACUGUUGAAGAAGUACGGACAAAAGCUGCCAGACAAGACCCAGCAGCUGUUCAAUGCUGCCCCAAGCCGUUGGAAUAACCUGAAGACCAAGGUGUCCCUGGCCAAACAGAGGCUUGGACCCAGGAUCCAGGAGGAGUCGGUCAGAAUUACACAGGAUCUGGAGGCGUUUGGUCGCCGUGUGAUUGCCAUCAGCAAAGAGCUAGAGAAUUCAGAGGUGUACAACCGCGAGUGCCUCAUUGAUGACGCCUGGAACAAGAUAGACAGCUUCUCUAAGCGGCUCACCGUACUGGAGAAUGAGGCUCAGGACCUGAUUGAGCUACAAGAAUUGUUAGAGGCUUCAGUGGUGGACUUUAAUACACUGCCAACAUGCAGACAUGAAUUGAACAAUCUGAAGCAAGUGUGGGAAACUGUCAGAGUGAUUGACGACCAGCAGGAUGAGUGGAAGCGCAAUCGCUGGCAGAAGAUGAACACCAAGUUCCUGCGUGAGGAGACCAACAAGCAGCUGGAGAUCGUACGUGGCCUGCCAGAGGAUGUGUUCACCUGGGACAUCUACAUGGGCCUGCAUGAGAGCAUCACCAACAUACAGGCUUGUCUGCCCCUGAUUGACGACCUCAGUAACCCUGCCAUGAGAACGCGCCACUGGAAGCAGCUUGUGAGGGUCACGGGAGAGGUCGUGCAGAUAGACAAUGACACGCUGAAGAGAAUGACCCUUGGGGAACUGCUCAGUCUGGGCCUUCAACAGCAUGUGGAUGAUGUGCGUGCCAUAGUGCAGCGCGCUGUGAAGGACCUGUCUAUAGAGCAGUCCCUGAAGAACUAUGAGGAGGUCUGGCUUAGCAAGGUGUUUAAGUUCCAGGUCCACAUCCGCAGCAAGAUUGAAAACUCUGGUGAUGUCACUGUACAUGACAAUCAGAGCGAGGUAUCCCAGAGUGAGGCUGAAGGUCAAGGUCACCGGGCUGCUCCAAGCAGGAGUCAGGCCCGCACAACCAGUCGGGUCUCAAACCAGAGCUCCCAUAGCAAGAACAAACGUAGCAGCAUGGCCUCUUUACCCGCCUCACUUCUUAACCUGGGAGAUACCAAAGCUUUACUGCAGGAAACUGGUCACCAUGUGCUUCUGGCCUACACAGAUCCCAUCUUUGAGGAGCUUGAAGGUCACCAGGUGACACUGCAGGCCUUGCAGGGCAACACCGCCGCAGGCAAUUUCGUAGAUGAAGUGGUUAAGUGGCAGAAACGACUGCAGACCAUUGAGGCAGUGCUGUCAACUUGGCUGGAAGUACAAGAGAAAUGGGUGGAGCUAGAGGAGGUGUACUCUAGUGCCGAUGUCAGAACUGCCUUGCCCCACGAUGCCAACCGGUUUGCGGUGGCCAACAGGGACUUCAAACUGCUGAUGAGGGCCACAGAGAAAAACCCAAAUGUCCUUCAGUGCUGCUCAAGGAAAAAUAUCUUGACGAUCCUUGAGCACAUGAACCACAGCCUGGAGCACUGCCGCAAGUCCCUGCUGAACCACCUGGAGCGCCGCAGGCAGAUCUUCCCAAGAUUCUACUUCCUGUCCAUGGAGGAUGUUCUACAUAUUGUCUGCAAUGGGUACGACCUGAGUCAGGUGAACAUGUACAUCAGCAAGCUGUUUGAGAACAUCGGCAGUCUGAUCUAUGAGGAAGCAGAGGAUUAUGAGCGCUGCAACUUCAUCAUCACCGGUGUCAACAGCGCCCUUGGGGAGAGACUGGACUUCCAACAGCCUGUGGCGUGUGAUGGUCAGAUUGAGACAUGGCUAACUAGUUUCCUUCAAGGCCUGAAGGGGGCACUGCAGUUUCAAAUGGCCACAGCGAUGGGCGUCGAGAAACCCACACAGAAAACUCGCACAAUUCGCAGUGCUGGGUCGAGGAAAGUCACUGUGCCUGUCCAGGAAUCCAAGUCUGCUACAAGAAGAGGUCGAAACAGCAGAACAGGCAGCCUUGGGGGAAGUUUAGCAGGCAGCCUGGACAGUAAGGGUCUCCCAAAGGCCAAGGAGCCCAGGGACACUAGCCGCCCCGCAUCUGUUGCCGAGCAACUGUUUGCCAAUGACCCUGAUGCUGACCCUCGUAGGUCGUGGACCCUAGAUCAUGUGACUGAGAUUGUGUACCUGGCAACGCAUGUACAGAUGUUGGAGCAGGUGGAGACAGCCCUGCAGGAGUUUGGACAGGGGAAAGAUGAGCCUUUGAGGGGUGUUCUCAAGAAGAUUAACGACAGUAUCAAGGCUACAACAAUCCUGCUGAAAGGUAUGGAGGGUGACAAGGAAAAGAAAGCCAAAAAGAAAAAGAAGAAAGAUGGGGAGUCUGACCUCCUGGAAGACACCAACUCCCUGGCGGGGGCGGGUACAGGCGUGAGAAGCAGUAAUGCCCCCUCCCUGGGCGCCUCUAGGAAGGACUCCAUGUUUGAUAUUGCUGGACUGGACACCACUCACUCACCCAUCCCAGAGGAGGGCGGGCCUGGCAAUGAAUCCCUCAUUGAGCCCACGACUAUGGAGCCAAUAGACACCAUGAAUCUGGCAGCCAUGUCGAUGCCUACCAUGAAGAAGGAGGGAGAGCUUGCUGCACUAGAGGUGGAAGCAGCGGCCGCCAAGUUGGAGGUCAGCGAGAUGAGGCUCAUGUUGUUCCCGAGCCAGAUCCACAAGCUGUCCUGCCUUCUGGCACUACUGGCCCACUUGAGAGACUAUGUGGAGAUGUUGCUGUCACUCGAGUCCCCUUCUCCCAUCACCAGCCUCGAGUGGAGAUCACACCUGCAGUAUCGCUUCAACAAGGAGACCAGGGCCGUAAAGAUAAAGUGCCUGGAUGUAGACAUGGAGUAUGGCUAUGAGUACCUGGGCUCCAGCUCAAGGGAGGUAAUCACACCACUCACUGAGCGCUCCUUUGUGGCUCUCAUGCAGGCUGUCAACUCAUACAUGGGAACACUAUGUGUUGGACCUAUUGACUGCGGUAAGUUUGAGUUGGUCCAAGAGCUAAGUCACAGUUUCGGACAUGCAAUGUACAAGUUCAACUGCACCAAGUCCAUAGACUACUGCGGACUGCAAGAUAUUUUCCGUGGCAUGGCCUCUACUGGAUGCUGGGUGACCUUCAACAACCUCAACUGCCUGGAUCCCUCAGUGCUCAGCGUGUUUGCUCAGCUCAUGACCACUGUCAUGGAGGCACUCAGGGCAGGAAAGGCUGCCGUACAUCUGCAGGCGGACGAUAUUCAGCUGAAUUCCUUGGGAGCCUGCUUCGCUCUGGUAGAUAGCUCUAUGCCCGUCAUGGCAACCAACCCUGACAAGCUGAUGAUAUUCCCGUCAGUGACUGCCACCCUGCCAGACUAUGUUAUCAGUCAGUUUAGGGUGGUGUCUGUAGCUAGACCAGACCUGAGAAUGUGCCUCGAAGUCAUGCUGUUUAGCCAAGGUUUUAUCAAUGGAACAGAACUUGCAGAGAAGACCAUGGUUCUGAAAGAGUUAUCCUGCAAACUGCUUGGAACCAACACCUUUAUUACUGAGAACCUUUCACUUGAAAAGGCUUGGACCGGGGUGGACAUAUCUGCUGGCUUCAAUGGGUGGAGCCUGAAGACCCUUAAAGGAGUCGUGGCAGAGGCAGGGGCCCACCUGGAACAGCUCAACUCUGAGAUGAGUGAGGAUGGGGACACAGACCAGACAAAUGAUGGUGAUGAUGAGGAGGAGGAUGAGGAGGAACAAGAAGUGGAGAAAAAUAAUUCAGAGCCAGCUGAAAAGAUCUUGGAAGGAGGCAAGACUCUGAUGUUGGAGGAGAAGUCCCUGGUGAUGGCCCUUAGGGACACGUUCUUGCCGAGGAUGGUAGGAAGGGACGCCAGUGUGUUCACCACGCUGGUCAUGGACGUGUGGCCCCAUGUCGAUAUUCCGAUGGUGUUCGGUGGCAACGAUGAUGGUAUGGACAAACUUCCUGAGAUCAACUCCAGGGUCAGCUCAAAGAGCUCGUCUCGCAUCAGGACAGCUAAGAGUCAGAGUUCCACAAAGUCGGUGAAAGACAUCAAUGAUCAGAACUUAUCUGACAAGAAACGCAAGAGCGUCUUACAUGACUCCAUCAACCUGAAUACGCCUGUUGUGAACAUGACCACCGCAGACAGGUUCACCUAUGUGGAUCCCAACCAGAAGCAGAUUCUUGAAGACAUUCAGGACGCCAUUGCCGUGGCAACUGGUGACCUUGGGCUGUUGCCAGGCGUGGCGUUCCAGGCCAGGGUGGCUCAGUUGGCCCAGUUGAAUUCUGCUCAUCAGACGAUAUUCGUUGUUGGUCCUGCCGGAUGUGGUAAGAGUGAAUGCAUCAAGACGUUUGCUGUGGCAGAGCGAGAGAGGGGGAAAACUAUCAGUGUACAGACAGUCUUCUCUAAGGCUGUCGAGUCUGAGGAGCUCAUGGGAUACUUUGACCCUAAAACAAAAGAGUGGAAGGACGGCCUGUUUGCGUCACUGUUGAGGAAGUUCUGUGUGCAGCCCCCCAACAACAACUACAGCACCAAGGUGAAACCUGUCAUGAAGAUCAUGCAGCUGGAUGGGGAGGCUGACCCCGGUCAACUGGAGUUGUUGCACACUGUUCUCAUGAACUGUGGCAGUGUUGUCCUUGGCAACAAUGAGAGGAUCACUGUCCCAGAUACACUCAGAUUCAUAUGGGAGCUGGAGACGCUGUCCAACAUCAGCCCGGCCCUGCUAUCCAGUGUUGGGGUGUUGGUGAUGUCAGCCAAUGACGUAGGCUGGCAGCUCAUGCUGGUCCAGUGGUUGGAGAGGAGACCAGAUGUGGACAAGGAUCUCCUCACAGGUUUCUGUGAUGUGUACAUUUACAAGACCAUCAACUAUCUGAACGAAUGCACCAAGCCGCACAUGUUCACCAGCCCGAAGUCUGCCAUUCCACAAUACAAGCGUGUCAUCCACCAUACUGUGGAGAACAUGGUCCAGACCUUCACCAACCUGCUUGAUACUAUGGUGCACCCGUUCCCAGACCUGAGUGACGUGGAGUUUGAGCGCUACUUCAACUUUGCCUGCAUCUGGGCGUUUGCAGGCACACUGGAGGUGAAGCAUCGAGAGUCCUUCAGUCACUGGUGGCGGGAAUCAUUUGAGGAGCACAUAGACUUCCCAGAGGAGGGCAUGGUGUUUGACUACAUGGUGGAUUCAGAGAGCCAUGAGUUUGUACUCUGGAGUGACAUCAUCCCAACGUACAGCGCCACCCCCCACAUUGGCAUCCCGUCAGACGCGUUCGUGCACAGCCCCCAGAUAGAGCAGGUGCUUACCCUGCUGGGUCUGCUAACGGACGCGGGCAAGUCCGUGCUGCUGGUUGGAGAGAACGGGUGUGGCAAGACGGCCAUCGUCAAUGAGCGCAUACGAACAGUAUGCUCCGGGGAGGUAGCUGAGGUCCUGUCCUUGACUGUGCAGGCUAACAGAUUUACAAAUGCCAAGCUGCUAUAUGAGAGACUGGAUGAGCGUCUAGAGUGGAAACAUGGACGUACAUAUGUUCCCAAGGGCAACAAGAGACUGCUAUGCUUUGUGGAUGAUGUCAACCUCUCCAUGGUUGACAAGUGGGGUGACCAGACGGCCAUAGAGCUGAUUCGAGAACACAUUGACGAUGGAGGCUUCUACCAUCAGGAGAGUCACGUCUGGAGAUAUGUGAAAAGUGUCACCUAUGUGAGCACCAUCAACCCUAACACCACAGCAAACUCUCCCAGAAUGAACCAGCGCUUCCUCAGACAUUUUGCUGUGUUUGGGGUGCCUUUCCCUUCGAACUCUGAGCUGCAGACUGUGUUCACAACCUUGACCCACACACACUUCAUCACCCCGGAGACGGCCCAGGGAACACUGGGCACUCACCAUAGCAACUAUGAUGAAAAGUUAAUAUUUCCUCGAUCAAAAUUUGUGAAAAUUUCACAUAGGGCGGUGAUUCGUCAGCAGGAGAAUGAGGAGAGAAUGAAGAAGCUGCUGUCCAUGAUAGUGCAGGUGACCACUGAGUUACAGGAGCGACUGCGGGCCAUGUUUCUGUCCACUGCCCAGCGGUGCCACUACAUCUUUACAAUCAAGGACCUCUCCUGUAUUUUCAAGAACCUGUGUCUGUCCCUCCAGCCAGGUGCCCUCAAGAAGAACCUGCUGUUGCUAUGGCAACACGAGUGUUACUGGGUGUACGGACACAGAAUGGUCAAUGAGGUUGACUUCAAGCGCUUUAGGCAGGCUUUCAAUGUCUCCGUCAAGAAGGAAUUUGCUGAUGAUGAAACGGUACAGACAAUGAUCCGUACCAGGCAGCCUCAGUUCAGUAACCUGAUAGAGCAGGACAGUGGCAUAGUGACCGCUGGGAUGAUUGACACUCGCCACAGCACCAAGGUGUCCGAGGCCGAUGCCAAGACAGACCUGUUCAGGCCAUUCUAUAACCUCUCUGAGGUAAAGGACUUGAUGACCAAAGGGGUUGAGGAGUACAACAAGAUACACCCCAGGAUCAAGCUGUCUCUGUAUAAGGUGGUGGUGGACCAGGUGUGCCGUCUGGCGCGCACAAUCGCCUCCCCCCACGAGAAUGCCCACUGUGUGCUGGUGGCAGAGGGGAGCCCAGGUCAGUCCACAGUGAUCACCAAGCUGGCUGCCCACCUGUGUGGCUACACAGUCUACCAGAUCAACCCCAGCCCCCUGGGGUCAUCCACUGAGUACAAGAUGGACCAGUUCAAGGCUGACCUUGUGCAGGGGUACACAAGGGCAGGGGCCAAGGGUGAGAAGAUGCUUCUGCUCCUCCAUGAAGAAGAGCUCCUUGAGGAAGAUUUCCUCGUGUUUCUGAUUGAGUUCAUCACAGGGGGCGCUAUCAGCCACCUGUUCCAGUACGAGGAGCAGACGACCAUCAUCAACUCCAUCCGCACCGAGGUCACGCAGGCUGGGCUCACCUACACCAGGGAUGUGGCCUGGAACUUCUUCCUCAAGACAGUGAGGAACAAUUUCCGGGUGUGCCUGAUAGCGGGAGAUGGAGGCACAAACUUCCAGCGUCGCUGUCGAGAGUACCCGGCCUUCACAAAGAGCGUAAACUUCAUCUGGUUCCCGCACUGGUCCAAGACCCAGCUUGUAGAGCAUGCCAUGUAUCAUCUCAGUGCUGUGACCUGGAUGACUGACAUACAGCGUGAGAACGUUGCGCACAUGUUGGCCUCCAUGCACCUGGUGCUGCGUCAACAGGACGGUCAGGAGCGUGACUCCGGAGAGUACCGCCAUGUUACCAACACCUCAUAUGAGAAGUUUGUGGAAAGGUUCAUCUCGACAGCCAGCCUGCGCCACAAGACAAUAGAGAAGGACCACGACGCAGUUGCCACGUCCCUGCAGCAGAUACGUCGGGAGAACGAGGUGGCUACGAAACUUCGCAAGAACCUCGAGCAUGAGAUGACCGUACUGGAAGAGAGGAAACAGGGCACAGUCAAGAUUCUGUCACAGAUCGGUCAAGACACUGCCAUUACAGAACAACAGAUCAAGGUGGUCCGGGCACAGAUGGACAAAAUAUCCAAACUCAAAAAGUCCCUGCCAGAGUAUCAGGUGGCCCAUGAGCGUGCUGUGUACAAGGCCAUUGCCAUAGUAGCGGACACGAAGAAGGUCGUACAGAACAUCAACAUUGACAAACUGCACGAGCUGCGAGCCAUGCAGAAACCCAUCAUCGAUAUUGAGGACCUCAUGGCUGCCAUUAUCAUGAUAUUGAAAUCACCAUCAGCUGACCUUACAUGGCAGAAAGGAGCCAAGAGACAAAUGGCCAACAUUGAAAGGUUUAUUGAGGAGUUGAUGUCAUUCGAUGACAACCAGCUCCCAGAGUCAACCCUGAGUCUGGUGGAGCCGUAUCUGAAGAAGCCCACGUUUGAACCUGACACACUAGAGAGGAAGACCAGUAACUCUGCCUGUGGCUCCCUGUGCAAGUGUGUCCGCGGAGUGGUCAGGUACCACAGAAUGAUGAUCUCUAAGGUGAAGCCGUUACACCAGAAGGUGGACGAGACGACACAGGCUGUGGAUGACGCGGAGCACAAGAUGUCCACCCUAGAAAACAAACGCAAGAAUCUCGAGGUGCGACUGGCAGGACUCGCUAAAGGCUUUGAGGAGGCGACCAUAGACAAGAACGAGCAAGAGGAGAAGACCAUCAAGAUGAAGAAGAUGUUAGAGACUGCAGGGCAGCUCAGAAAGAUUCUGAAAGGAGAGAGGCUGCGUUGCCAGCAGAUCUUCGACUCCCACGGUCGCAGACUUGUCUCAAUCCCUGGCGGUUGUGCCAUGGCGUCCAGUUUUGCCACCUACCUCGGUCCCUACCACCACAGUUUCCGGCGCACGAUGCUCACUGUGCACUGGCCCAACUGCCUGCGAGAGAGAGGCAUCCCACUGGUCAUUGACUCUAUAGACGGGCUCAAGGGGCGUGUGAUUGACUGGUCCAUUGACUUCCUGAAGACUGCGUCAGGGGCCAGUGAAGUGUAUGAUGUAGACUACACAGCUGCCCUACUGGCAGAAGAUCAGGCCAAGAAAGCCAAAGAUCUUGGUGACAUAGUUGAGGAGGGGGAGCAUCCUGAAAUGCCUGAGGGUGGGGCAGAGACAGAGAGGACUGAGGCAGGGGAACAAGCCACUCCCAGGCAGGAACCAAAGAAAGCAGACAAUCAGGAAGAUGGUGUGGACUCCCCAGUGCUGGAGGAGAGACCUGUCUCCCAGGACGGUGUGGCCCCACCCCAGGGGCAGGAGGGGUUCCCCAGGGAGGGGGAUGAGGACUCCCAGAGCCAGUUCACCACCAGUUCUGGUCCCAUGCUGACCUCCACACAGUACAACAAGUACAUCAAGUCACUCAUCAAGAUACUCAUCGGAGAGGCCCUUCUAAACACAUGGCAUAAACAAGACUUUGGUCCCCGUCAGAUAGAGAAUGCAGCCAUUCUUUGUUCAUCGUGGCAGCGACCCCCGAUGCUGAUAGACCCCAAUAAUGAGGGCGCUGACUGGCUUGGUAGACUCAAUUCUGUGAUGAACAACCGCAAACUUGUGUCCCUUGACAUGGAGACCAGGUCUGACCCCCACAUGAUCCUGACUCUUGAGAAGGCAAUCAUGCGCGGGAAGCCAGUGUUGCUUAGAAACUGCCAGGAGCAUAUUGACAACAUCAUCACACCACUCAUGCAUCAUCGCAACACUGCCAACGAGGAUGAUAAAAAUGAGGAGCCAAGGAUGAUCAAGUUCUGUGGCAGACGAAUACUGUGCCACCAAGAUUUCCGGUUCUAUCUCUCCACACCGCUGCCAAAACCUAAGUUCAACCCAGAGAUUGCCUCCACCACGACCAUCAUCAACUUUGGCGUCUCCCACGAUACCCUGACAGAAGACCUGCUGUCACGAGCUUUCGCUCGCAUUCGUCCCGACCUGUAUAAGGAGAGAAUUCUCGGGCUGAGAAACGUGGAAGUUGAGCAGAAGACACUUCACCACCUGUCAGUCACUGUCAGGGACAAGGUUUUGACCAAUCAGGAAGCCAUCAUGGGCAGUGCCAAGGCUGUGAAGUUUAUAACUGAUUUCACAAAUGCUAAAGUUGAUCUGUCCAACCGUCUCCAAGAGAUGCUGGCCCUGAUUGAGGACCUUGACGCCCUCAAGGAUGAGUUGUAUCCCUUGGCUCGGCGGGCGGCAAUGUUGUACGCGAUCUGUCGCAGUCUGCAGAGUGUGCACAAUGAGUACCAGUUCUCCCUGGCCUACUUCCUGGCACUGUUUGAUGAGGCAGUGGGUGGGGAACUGCCUGCGGAAUUUAACCAGGGCACAGUUGCUGAUGAUGCUUAUGAAGAUGAUGACGAUGAGUCAAGCAGUGCAGCAGACCGGAAGGGGCGAGUGGGAAGUACCUCCUCUCAUGGUUCCCGUGAAGAUACUGGGGAGAAAGCUACCGACAAGCAGACAUCUGGAACCAAACCUGAGGGGCCUGCCACUGUAGACCUAGAGGAGGGAAGCAAGCUGGGACAAACUGAAGAAUCUGUUAGCACGGGGGCGGCCCGGAAGUUGAUAGCAGGCACAGAGUCAGAGGAGUUGCCUGCCCUUGAGCUGCCCCAGACAGCCCCACUGCCCUCAGAGGGCGUGGAGUACUCCAACUUCUCUGCCAACACCAUCAAGCAGCUCAUGGACAAGCUUACUGGGCUCGUCUACAGGAGAAUCAGGGAGAGUCUGUAUGAGGAGGACUGCCUGCUGUUUGCCACCCUGCUGUGUCUGAACAUCCAGGCAGAGGGCGGUGAAAACUUCACCAGUGAAGAGAUGUCACUCCUACUCCAGGGCAACCCUGGUCUGGGCAUGCAGCUGACGCUUGCUGAUUUUGACUGCAAGGACGAACCGCCAGAUUGGAUGCCCCAGGAGAAAUGGGAGGACAUCCUGGCUCUCUCUGUGCUCCCAGGACCCCUCGACAGCCUGUGUGUGAACUUCGCCAUGAACUCUGAUGCGUGGAAGGCCUGGUACAAGGCUGACUACCCUGAGAGGGAACCACUGCCUUUGUCCUUGACUGGUGCUGGUACAUCAGUUGAAAUGCGCCCCGGUUCAACAGAGAGCACAAGGAGUGAGAAGGACCAUUCCAAGUCCCCGGACCUCGGCCCCAUGACCGAGUUCCAUCAACUGCUGCUCCUGAGAAUGCUGCGACCUGAUAGGCUGCCCAUCGCCAUGGCAAAGUACAUCAACAAGUACCUGACUCUCAAUCUACCUGACCAGAUAGAGUUCAACCUGCAGGACAUGCUCAAAGACUCCAAGCGCCACCUGGGGGUUCUGCUGUUGCUGCCGGCGCGCAUGGACCAGCCCAGCGCCAACCCUGUAAAUCGCCUGCGCCUCACACACCCUCCAGUGGAAGUGCUCCUUAAACUAGCCAAGAGGUUCGGUGUAGACGUGGAGCAUGCCCUGAUAGGGGAGGGCAGUGAGGUGUUGGUAGAGGAAGCAAUAGACACGGCUGACAAGAAGGAUGGCUGGGUGGUCAUCCAGGGACUGCACCUGGCUCCGGAGAAGUUCUUUCACCAGCUCAAGAAACACCUUGUCAGGGUGUACAGGAGCAGGGAGAAACUCAGAGCCAGCAACGCUGAAGAGAAAGCAAAGACCAGCAAGUUCUGUGUGUGGAUCACAAGUGAGCCGUGUUUGCGCAUCCCGAAUUUCCUUCUUCUCAACCUUCAUAAGGUGGCCUGGAACCACAUCACGAUGGAUGUCACACAGCCUGACAUGGCGGAGGCCACUACAGAGAAUACUGGGGAGGGAAGCGAGCCACCCCUCGCCAUCAACUACAAGUCUCCGGGCACCUUCCUGCAUUCUGCCAUUGUGACCACCAUGAAGCAAGUGCCUGCCAAGGUGUGGGAGGCAGUACUCAGUGAAACACAGGGCAUCCGCAACAUUGCGUUUGCUGUUGCCAUCAUUCAGGCCAUGCUGGUUGGGAGACAACUGUUUGGUGCUCAAGGACUCACACAGUACUACCCUUUUUCAGGUGUGCAGACGGGCCAGGCUAUCUCGCUGGUAUUGAGCAGACUGCUGCGCCCUGCAGACGACGCCACAGGAGAACCUGACAAGCAGAAACUCACUCAACUUAUAUCGCAGGUGGUCUAUGAGAACACAGCCUACAGCGAGUUUGACCGGGACUAUGUGAUUGCUCUGGUGAGGAAUGUUCUCCACAACAUCUACACCGACUCGUCUGGUACACUCGUACUGGGAACUGUGGCUGUGCCUACACCCCCAGCCAAUGUUGAGCCCAGUGAGUAUGCGUGGUGGUAUGAGAAGAAUGUUGAUGAGGACUUCACAUUGGCGGCCCUGCAGCUUCAUACAAGUGUGGAGAGAGAGGCCUGUGUGGCUAGCUCAACCCAGUUCAUUCAGCACAUGGACCAGAUGUUCGAGACACAGAACAUGGAGGCUGGAGAUAUUGCCACUUCGCAGGCUCACGUGGUCAACGUCAAGCGGCUGCGUUCCGCGCUGGACAUCUGUGUUGAGGAGUUGCCUCCCCUGCUGGAGCUCGGUCAGGUCCCGGACAUAGCUACCACAAGGGACUAUGAUUUCCCGUACCAUCGCCCCAGUGUGAUCAGCAUCGCCACUGCCUCUAGUACCAUGAUGCCCGAAACUCUUGGAUAUGUUUUACUGCAGGAGUGCCUAUGGCUGAACUCCCUGCUGUGUCACAUCCGCCAGCAGAUCAGCCAGCUACAGGAGCAGCUGCUGAGCGGCCCCGAGGCACUGCCCCGUGAUCACAUGACCUCUGUACUCAGUCUGCAGGAGGAGCAUGUGCCUGUGUCGUGGAUACACCCCAACUCACAGCCCUCCACGCACUCCCUCGUGUCAUGGCUACAAGACAUUGCCAAGCGCUACAGCCAGCUGCAGACUUUUGUGAAGUGUGGGAUGGUGCCCACGUACACUGAUAAUGGCAUCACAGAGAACCCGGUGAUAGGUCACGGGCGACUGAACAAGCUCUGGCUGGGAGGACUUGUGAAUCCAGAGGCCAUGCUCACUGCCCUGCGCCAGGAGAAGGCAGUUGUCAGCCAGUGUAGCAUUGAAGAUAUUGUGUUUGAGUGUGUGGUACUGGACACUGACAACACUGCAGAGUAUGAUGUAGACGAGGGCGGCAUGUUCAUCACCAACGUGCACCUGCAGGGGGCAGCCUGGGACUACGACAACGACUGUCUCAUGGAUGCCACCGGGUCCCUGUUUGCCAUUCCAAGUAUCUACCUAAAGCCGGUGUUGCGCACCGAGUCCCCUGAUCCACAGACUCAAGAAAACAGGAGUAAGAAGAUCUACAACUGUCCAGUCUACAUGAACAGGAGCCGUCAAUACAAGAUCACAGAACUGCAACUCAACUGCCCGCCCCCAGUGGACACCUGGUAUCUGGCUCGUGUCGCCCUGGUACUGGACGCAGGUCUGCCUGAGGAUGGCGUAAGGAAGUCACGCUCAUACCUACUAAACUUGCGCCAGCCUGCCCUGAUGGCCGAGGAGUCUGAGGGAGAAUCUGAGGAGGCCGACGAGGAGCUGGAAGAGCUGGAACCCGAUGAGGAGUCAGACACAGAAGAGAUAGGACACUCUGAGCCUUCACAGCUCUCCUACAGACCGAUGAGUCCCAAGGCUCCCCCACUUCCUCCUGGUCUGGGCCUUCUACGAGAGAGGCACAUGGAAGAAGAUGAACCAGAGUCUGCAAAAACAAAAGGAGGCAAAAAGACACCCACCCGCAAAACACCAUCCCAAACCCCCACAAAGACCACACCAAGAAAAACACCAUCCCUACCUGCAUUCAAUGAAAAUGGAAAUGCAAAGCAGAAAACGCCAUCCCCUGGCCCAGGAAAGAAAACCCCAUCACCAAAGGCAGGGUCUCCUCAAGGGCAAGAAAGGUCAGCCCCCUCCCCUGGUGGGCGACUCUCAAAACAGGGGUCAAAGGGCCAAGUGUUCAGGGGCUCCAAUAAGGAGGUGAAUGUGUCACAGGAAGAGGAGCCCAGGGCUUUCUCUCAGGCACAUGAGGACCCUGUUACCCAGGUGGAAGUGGAGGCAGAUGCUGAUACCGACCAGAGAUAGAAGAAAAAAUACACAUUUGCAAAUGAGCCGUAUGUGAGGAACAGGAUUUCUGACAAAGAAGAAGUUGUAGAAAUAAUAGGCAAACGCCUGAUUUAUUAUGACACUAGAUAAAAAAGAUUUGAUUUUGUGGGAGGAACUUAUGACAUUUGUUUGAGACUAUUUUAACAAUCCCAAUCCCUAUGUUGGGAAUGAGACUCUUAGAUCCAGACUUAGAAGAAUUUUAUGAAUCAUGGGUUUUGUUGGGUUGCGGUGUAUGAACAUUACACAAUCAGAGGUGAAUGUUAAAUAUGUUUAAGAUGUUUUUAUGCUUUUUUGUUUUCAUUUUGUGCUGAUGAAUUCUGUGAUUUCUUGCUGCCAAUGUAAGAUUUUCGGUUCACUUCUCAUCAAAAAGACAUCAUAAUGUUUCAGUCAUGUAUUGAAUAUAUUACCACAAUGCUGUGAGAUUAUUGACUAAUUUGUGUUGGUUCACCAAAAAUAUAUCUUUGAUACUGUAUUCCCGCAUUUUUCUGUUUUGCCCAAAGGAAUAAAAAUACAUUAUAACCAUAAGAACUUUUACAUUCAUUUAUAAUGUGUUUUUUUAGUAUUUUCAAUUAAAUUUAUUUUAACUAUGGACUGCUGAUAUUGCGAUAUGAUUAUCAUAUGUUCUAAAAAUCUGUUUAUUUAACAAUUACACCAUGAUAUAUUUUUUUUUUAUUUACAAUUUUUGAGAAUAAUACUUCAAUGUUUAAUUACGUUAUCCAGAAUAACUCAUGAUGUUAUAAUGUUGUAUUUAUACUUAUGUGGAAUUGUAAUUUAUUGUGUUAUUGAUUUAAAAACCAGUAGAAGCAUGAUUAUUGUGUGCCAAUAUUAUGUUAGUAAGAAAGCUAAACUUGAAAUGCUUGACCUUUCACAACAUUCCGUCCAGUUCAUUGAAUUGUUAAAGGAUAUUAGUGUGAAUUUAGAUAUUUGCAACAAGUUACUUUAUUACGUGUUAUUUUGUGUAAUAAAAUUUUUAAAAAAGUGUA